AUUCGCAGACGAGUCAGUGAUCGGCAGCCGGGCUGUUUAGCUGCUGCCGCCGCUGUCAGAGACGUUUCCCGGCGCGGGCGGAGCCUCGGGCGGCUAGACGGAGCUCGCGGAGGCCGGUGGAGCUGCGGGAGCUUGUGGCGGCGGCGGGGAGGCGAUAGUAGGGCGGGCUCGGAGGGCCCGGGAUCCGGAGAAGCGAUGGAGCUGUCGGGCAUGGGGGAGCGCGUGUUCGCUGCUGAAGCCAUCCUGAAGCGCCGUGUGCGGAAAAGUAACAUCGAGUAUCUGGUUAAGUGGAAAGGAUGGGCACUGAAGCACAGCACGUGGGAACCAGAGGAAAACAUCCUGGAUGAUCGGCUCAUCUCCGCCUUCGAGAAGAAGGAGCGAGAGCAGGAGCUCUACGGCCCAAAGAAACGAGGACCCAAACCAAAAAACCUCCUCCUCAAGGCGAGAACUCAACCGUCGCCCCGAGUCUCCAAAACUCGAAACACUCCUCCUCGCUCUUCCUCCUCCUCUGCCUCCUCUUCCUCCUCAGCUGUCGUUCCUCCUGUCAAUCCUGUACGUUCCUCUUCAUCAUCCUCUUCUUCCUCCCUGGCACCAACACCCAGAUUGCACUCCCUGGCUGCUUCGCACAAGCUAAAGAAGGACAUCCAUCGCUGCCACCGGAUGUCCCGACGACCUUUGCCCCGGUACGAUCCGGACGGCUCCUCCUUUUCCUUCCGGCCACCGAUCUCUCCAUUCUCUGAGACUGUGCGCAUCCUAAACCGCAGGGUGAAGCCGCGAGAGGUCAAGCGGGGUCGCAUCAUCCUCAAUCUGAAGGUUAUCGACAAGUGUGGCGGCAGGGCAGCCAACAGGGGGCCGACGCAGUCGCAUCAGGGACGGGCGCAGAUCCCAUCCCGGAAUCGCAUUAUCGGGAAGAAGCAGGGCGACAUGCCCUACAGGCCCUUCCAGCCUCCGAUGAAAAUGCUGGGGUUCCCGAUGUACGGCCAACCGUUCGGGCUUCAGCCCUUCCCGCCGGUUUCAGCUCAGCCCAAUAGAAGAGCAGGAUCUACCUCUGGAACGAGGGGCAGGGGUGGAGGCUGUGGUCCAGGUCGUCCGAGAAAGGCCACCAAAUUUCCGUACCAGUCACCUCCCUCGCCCUCCAGCUCGAGCGGCUCUGAAAGCGACGCUUCUUCUCCGCCCAAAAUCCAGCCGGGACCUCCACAGGCAUCGCCAUCCGAGACCGCCCCUUCAUCUCCGCCAGUACUAAGCCCAGAAACCCCGUCCCGUGGCUCUGAACCCCCUCAGAACCACUCCAGCAGUGCCAAGCCUGGAUCUGCAUCGAACCCUACGUCCUUCCUGCCCUCCUCCCCAUCUCUUUCCUCCUCUGCUUCAUCAUCAUCAUCUCCUGAAGAUGAAGAAGAAAAGGCUCAGGGUGGAAAGAGAAAACCAUGCCGUAGAAUCCGGGCGUCUGAAGCUGCCACUUCCCACCCGGCAGCAGAAAAGAGGGCUGAGAGAAGGGCUCUGAAAAAGGCUGACCCUGACUGGCGUCCUGAACGGUCCCCCGGCUGCAUCAACGUAGUCGUCACAGAUGUGGCUACCAACCACCAGACCGUCACCAUAAAGGAAUUCUGCAAGCCUGGAGCUGGUUCCAAAGGUUCCACAGGUUCCUCACCCCCGUCCCCCUCACAAGCCAAGAACCCCGGCUCUUCUGCCCCUGCUGCCACCUAGGCCUUUCUAGCUAGAAGAUCAUUCACUCGUCCAGUUACCCCAGUAAGAACUUGCCAUGAAGAUAUUUACCUUUCCCAAAAAAAAAAAGAAAAGGAGUUGCCAUCAAUGAAAUUAAAACAUAUUUUUAAAGAAAUUUUAGAGAUAUAUGGAAGUUGUAUGUUUAAGGACUUGGACUCUUAACCGAAGGGGCUCCUUCCUAACAUAUUCCUUUCAAAUGCACACUGACCCACACAAGAGAUUCUAGGAUUUUGUCAUUUACUUACUUGCUCAGUUUUUUGUGUUCACGAUGACCCUGCGGAUCCUUACGUUUUCCGAAGUAACCACAGGAAACUGUUAACUAUUAUACAAGUGACGCAAAGUUAAGGGAAUGCUCCUGGAGUCAAGUUUUCUGUUUUUUUUUUUUUUUU